UGGAGGGUUAUAUGUGAACUGUAUCCUGAGUUGCAAUCGUGUGCCUGCAUUCCUCUCAACUAGGAUUUGCUUGAAAGGAGAGAAAAAAGGAUCAUAAAUAAUAACACGCAGAUUGGAAUACAGCGCGGAAGCAGCGGUUUUCAAUAAGGACUGAUAUUUUAAAGGACGUGGUAUCGGUUGGUCGCUGAAUUGAUUGGAUAUUUUUCUUCACGGGAACCAUCUGUAAAAAACGGCAUACAAAUGAGAUGAAAAGUAAACAGAUACGUCGCUUAUAAUUCGCAUUAAACAGGAAAACAAGAUGGCUGAUGAGCGAUAACAAGAUCUAAACGAUAUCGUCUCCUUUAAGAGCAAGAAAGGCACCUGGCUUUAAAACAUGAAUAUUUUAGGCGAGUUAGCUUCAUCAAAAUAAAAUGCAUGACAUUAGGUACUAAAAAUGAACGCAACCCAUCUCUGCUAAGUGCGGCCAGGUAAACAUCAGGCGAAACAUGGAGAAGGAGAGCAUUUUGGAUCAUUCUUUAAUGUUUAACCAACACAGAUAGCGAGAAAAUAGCUUUUAAGUAUGAUGAAAAAACAUUUGGUCUUUGUGUUAUAAUGCUUCAAGAGCGCAUGCAUUGUAUGUUUAUUCAUAGUCGUGUCACGCCAAUAGGUAAAUUGUGCUUCUUUACUGGUGUAAGGAAAAUAAAUUCUUCUGAUACAGUGUUAUAAGAGCAACACAGAACAGCGGCUCAGGUCUACUUUAAUAUUGCACCGUACCGUGUGUAAUAUUUAAUUCCAGCAGGUCAAAUGUCAUGUGCCCUGGGCACAGAUCAAAUACGUGAUCGGCUUCUUUAGUAAAUGACUAUAGCUGCUUUGCCUCACUGCUUGAGAAAGGACAUUUCCCUUGCUUGAAGAACUUUCAAGUGUGAAUCGCAGCGUCACCCUCCCUUUUUCCUGUUUAAAACUUGGUAAAUGACGACAACAUGCUUCGGUUGAUAUGCAUGUUCAUUUGGACUGAACUGCUCUUAUCUUAAUUACGUGUAAUGUCAUGAUGGUUUUUAGCUGUUAGAAGACUAUGCAGUAGCCUUUAACCUGUUGUUAAAUUACCUUACAGGGAGACAUCUGUCAUUAAAAUAUAUUUAACGUGUGAUCCAAACGUUAACGUUAUUUUUCAUAUUAGGACCUUUAUAAAAUAGUGAAGUCAUUCACGUUAAACGACUUCUUUAACGACUCUCAUUAAAUUAUCAAUGGUGUUAUCAGUAGCUGGUGCUUUAGGGGCAGUUCAGACUGAAUGCCUUGUUCCGUUUAAAAACAACAACUAGAAUUAAACGAAUAUAAGAGGACACCGGUGUCUCGAGACGCGUUUUUAAAAGCUGACGUUCUUUUGAACUUGAUUCGGCGUCGAAAAUCCGCGACACGACGGCCAAAGACGUCCGUCUAGCGCAUGUUUACAUAGAAAAACCAUUGAAAAACUGAACAAAAACUUGAUCGAUGAAAACGGUCCAUUAGAUUAUUUUUUUUUUUUUUACUUGAUAAACACGUUUCGUCAACAGUAGGACCGAGUUAACGGGUUCUCUCCUUAUAAAACAUACCAGAACUGCAGUAACACAUACGCAGUUGUAUUGCGAAGCUAGAUUCCCCUUUUCUCACGCAGGGCUGCGGUAUUUGAUAGCUGUCAACUUUGCCAGGAGUAGAGGCGAUCCCUUGGUAUGUUUGGGGCUCAUUAACAGCUGUUUUUGGGACUUCUAUGAUUGUAUUGUCCUUGACAACUGAUCUAACACUUGGAUAUAUAUGAAGGAGUCACAAGAAUGAUUGAAAUGUCAUUAGGUCUGUGCUAGAACUUGACGUUUGCCUUCCACGAGCUCCAAAGCUGAUCAACUCUAAACGGGAUGUCAGAUCAACUGGUUGAGAUGGCGGAGAACUGGCGAAACUGUUUUGAGGAGGAACUCAUUUGUCCUAUAUGUUUGCAUGUAUUCGUGGAGCCCGUGCAGCUGCCAUGCAAACACAACUUCUGCCGAGAAUGCAUCAGUGAGGCCUGGGCGAAGGAAGCGGCCAAUGUGCGCUGUCCAGAGUGCAACCACGCAUACAACCAGAAACCAAAUCUCGAGAAAAACAUCAAGCUGAACAACAUCGUAGAGAAGUUUAACGCGCUGAACGUCGAGAAAGCUCCAGCCAUACUGCAUUGCAUUCUGUGUAGGCGAGGACCUCCUCUUCAAGCACAGAAAGUGUGUCUUCGGUGUAAUGCACCCUGUUGCCAGUCUCAUGUUCAGACACAUCUUCAGCAAGCCUGUCCGGCUGCUGGUCAUUUAUUAGUGGCAUCUGAGGAGGUCAGGGCGUGGAGCUGUCCACACCAUGAUGAAUACAGACUAUAUCAUUGUGAUGUGGAACAGGUAGCUGUCUGCCAAUAUUGUUACUUCUCCAGAUGUGCACCCAACCAUGGCCAUGCAGUUUGUGAUGUGGAAGUACGACGCAAUGAGAUCAGGCAUAUGUUGAUAAAGCAGCAGGACCGUAUUGAUGACCGGGUAAAAGACAUUGAGGAGCAGCUGUAUAAGUUGGAAUCUGACAAACUACUGGUAGAGGAUAAAGUACGGCAGCUGAAGGAGGAGGUGCGUGCGCAGUAUCACAAAAUGCACCAGCUCAUAGAAGAUGACCUGGGGAGAACUCUGGAAGUGCUGGAUAAAGCACACUCAAAAUACUGCCAGGAGAAUUCUACCCAAACCCUACAGCUCAAUGAACGCCGCCAGGAGGCCAAGAAACUGCUCAGCUCUGUCCAAGUUGUGUUUGACAAGGCAGAGAAUAUUAAUAUUAUGAAGAACACAAAACCAGUGAAAAUACUCAUGGAUAGAUCCCAAUCAUGCACAGGCAGCGUUUUGCCUCCUUAUAAAGUGGGUCAUCUUAAUUCCAAAAUAUUCCUCUCUGAAGUUUCCAAAAAGGAAAAGAACUUGAAAAAAUUACUGGAAGCACCAUUCAGUACUCCUGCACACUUACUCCAGAGCGUUUCUGUCCACCCCUCCAGUGUGAAUAACUCUGGGGGUGAGAAACGCAAACACUCCAUGGCCUUCCCUGAAAGCAGCACCAGCCUGCUGGACUCCUCUUCAGGCCCCAUGAGUAAACAGCUGUUCCUGGGUCAAGGCUCCAGCUCCACAGAUGGGCCCUCCUCCCAGCCACCCAUGGCUCCUUGUAGCUCCACCCAGCACAUUGUAGGCCUCAGUAGCAGUGGUGCUCAGUCGGUCCAUCAUUCCAACUCUGUUUUUACUCCUGCCGACUAUCCCAAUGCUAGCUCGUCCCAGCAGGCCAUGCUGCCGCAAUACGGUGGCCGUAAGAUUCUUAUGUGCACGAUGGACAAUUGCUACUGCUCUAGCGUACCCUCCAUAUCAAACCAUCGUGGCCAUGCUCCUUACCCACGUGCUAGAUCUUUCCCUUGGACACAGGAUUACUCCCACUCCCUGCCCUCCACACCCGCAAUGUCCCAGCCCCUUCAGGGGCUCUCCAUGCACGACUGGAUCGACGCCUCACAGAGCCACAGGCACCCUGACUUCUAUGGAUUGUAUGGGCAAUCUUCAACUAAACCCUAUGUCACCAGUUAACCUUCCACCGCUGUCUGAUGGGCAUAUCUGGUUUAUCUCAAAUAUUGCUUAAAAUGUUAGCUUGCAUAUCUAGGAAGGAAAUGGUGAGUUAAAGGAAUAGUUUCCCCAAAAAUGAAAAUUGUGUCAACAUUUUUUCACUGUCAUGUCAUUCCAAACUUGUAUGACCUCCUGCAUUCUGCGGAACACAAAAGGAGAUAUUUUACAAGCUGUUCUGUUUGCUGAUUUCAAUGCAAUGGCAGUGAAUAAUGACUCACUUUAAAAAAAUGGACACAAAAGCAGUCCAUAUGACUCACAAAAGGGGUUGUUAGGCUCAGUCACCAUUCACUUUAAUUGUAUGGCAUAAAGAUGCAAUGAAAGUGAAUGGUGUCUGAGGCUAGCAAUCUGCCCAACAACCCCUUUUGUGUUCCAUGGACAAAAGAUGAAAGUCGUACAGGUUUGGAAGAACUUGAGUAAAUGAUGAAAGAGAUUUUUAUUUUUGGGUGAACUAUCCCUUUAACUCAAUUUCUUUUUGCAUUCUAAUUUGCCUGUGGCUUAAAAUCAGGCUUAUUAACAUCACAGUUGAAAGGAAAAGUAUGGCACUUUGUCUCCUUUUUAAUCAUGCAAUGCAAGCUUUAUGGCUCUGAAACACAGAUCUCUUCCAACUUAAGCAUUACAAACCUGUCUAUCCCUGUGUAAAGCAAGUUUAGGUAAUCUUUCUUUGAGAAACAUGGAGGCGGGACCCAGCAGAGUUUUUAAAAUUACAAACAGAUUUUAAAUAAUUGCAGAGGGUGCUGACCCAGAGCAGAUAAUGAUCGCUUGUAAAUGGAGUCAGUUUUAACUUCUUUCACUCCCCCUCUUCCUGCCUUUAGGGUAUCUGGAAUCUGGUUCAGUUUUAUCAUGUGGUAAAGAAUCCUUUUACAUUGCUAUUAAACUUCUUAAAGUUUUAUUAGUUGUAGACAGGGAUUAUAAUUAUUAAAAAGAGCGGUGUUUUUUGUUUUGUUUUUUUCUCCCCAAUUUGGAAUGCCCAAUUCCCAAUGCACUUUAAUACUCGUGGCGGCGUAGUGACUCACCUCAAUCUGGGUGGUGGAGGACGAAUCUCAGUUGCCUCUGCGUCUAAGACCGUCAAUCCACGCAUCUUAUCAUGUGGCUUGUUGAGCGUGUUACCGCGGAGACAGCGCGUAUGGAGGCUUCAUGCUAUUCUCUGCGGCAUCCACGCACAACUCGCCAUGCGCCCCACUGAGAGCGAGAACCACACAUUAUAGCGACCACGAGGAGGUUACCCCAUGUGACUCUACCCUCCCUAGCAACCGGGCCAAUUUGGUUGCUUAGGAGACCUGGCUGGAGUCACGAGUGAUGGGUUUUAACAUAUUUUACCUCUGCUGCACCUUGAGUUUUUGGCUAAGGAACUGCACCACAUUGACUGGGGACUCAGAUUAGGGAUUGAUGUGUUACUUACAUUCCUCAGAGGCCAGAGGAUCUUGUUUUUUUCUGUUAUGUUUACAAUUAUGUAUUUUUUUUUAUUAUUAUUCACAGUAGGUUGGACAAGAUCAAUACAUAAACUCAAUACAGGUUCAAGUCCUUUUGGGGGGUCUUCAGAGAUCUCUUAAGGGGUUCCAUUGACUUUCAUGGGCUCUAAUAGACUGCUCUGAAAAUGUCCAGCUAUUGCAUUUGAAAUACUUCUGGAUUCUGCUUCCUGUCAGGUUAUGUUACUUCCUGCAUUCAAGCACAUGUUAAGGAUGUUCAGGAUGAUUGGUGUCUACACACCUGUCAGUCAUAUAAUUGUGUAGAUAUACUUCCUGUUUGAGUCAGUGACCGAGAGGCCCAAAGGACUUCGUGGUCACUGCGCAACACUGAUUGUCAUGAACAUGCUGAAAAUCUUUCAACUUCCUCUUUGUUAUUGUAGGCAUGCAGGAAAGUCUUUCUGUGCACUCAGAACUCCAAGAGACUAAACUGAGUGAGUGUAAUGAAUGGACAUUUUUUUUCCCACAGAUUUUAUACAAGGAAACCGAACUGGACUGCAUACAUUUGGAAAUCAAGAUAAAUGUGCUUCAAAAAGAGUAUUAAAUGCUGGUUUCAACAGAAGUGUAUACAAUCUCUUUUGUAAAUAUUUUUUUGCAACAGACAUGAUGACUCUGCUUUAAAAUUCAUUUUAAAAUGCCUUGAAAUAAACAGCAAAAUGUA